CGAAAGUAGUAGUUGAAUAGCAGUUAAACAUUGAACUUUGUAACAAUUUUUUGUCCAGAUAUUUUGUAAAAUAUAAUAAAAAUAUUUUAAUUGCGAACAUUUGUUAACAACAAAUUACAAAAACAACACCAUGACUAUAGCGGAAUUUUUAAAUUAUAUAUUAUGUCGCGAUCAAGUGCAGAUCAUGUGUUUUAAGGGUGGCCCAGAAUUUGAGUUUAUCUGUUGGUGUUUGCUGUCCGCCGCUGCCAUGUAUGUGUUCUAUUUGUGGCGUGAAGGGCCCUAUUAUACUAAGCAGAAUCGUUUGGAUGGUAACGUGGUGGUGAUAACUGGCUGUAAUACCGGCAUAGGUAAAGAAACCGCUUUGGAAAUGGCUAAACGUGGAGCCAGGGUUUAUAUGGCUUGUCGUAAUUUCGAUAAAUGCGAGAAAGCUAGAAGAGAAAUUGUUAAUUUAUCUGGCAAUACUCAAGUAUUCAAUCGUACUUUGGAUUUGUCCUCCCUUAAAUCGGUAAGAGAAUUUGCGGAAAAUUUUCUCAAAGAAGAGAAACGUUUGGAUAUAUUAAUCAAUAAUGCCGGUAUAAUGAGUACCCCACGCAAAUUAACCCAAGAUGGUUUUGAGCAACAAUUCGGUGUCAAUCAUUUGGGUCAUUUUCUUUUAACAAAUUUACUACUCGACUUGAUUAAGGCCUCAGCACCCAGUCGCAUAGUGGUGGUUAGUUCAUUGGCUCACAUAUUUGGUAAUUUUGAUAAAGAAGACAUGAAUUUAGAAAAGUCUUACACCAGAUUCGGUGCCUAUGGUCGCAGUAAAUUGGCAAAUAUAUUAUUUACCCGUAAAUUGGGACGUAUGCUGAAAGAUGCAAAUGUUAGCGUUAAUUGUUUACACCCGGGUUCUGUGCAAUCGGAAUUAACACGUUAUGAUCCUGUUUUGAAUUUCUUUAGUUCUAUAUUUUCUAAAUUUGUUCUACGCUCUACAAAAGGAGGAGCUCAAACUAUAUUGUAUUUGGCUUUAGAUCCAGAAAUGCAAGAUAAAACUGGUGGUUAUUAUGAUAGAAUGAAAUUGUAUCCAUUGUUGGCAAAGGCCAGAGAUGAUGAAAUGGCUGAUUGGUUGUGGCAGGAAAGUGAAAAGUUGGUGGGUUUGAGAGAGAAGUAAAGACAAGGAGAGGAAAAAGGUGCUAUGCAAGAGAUUUUUAUUUUAUUAAAAAUUUAACGUUUUUAUAACAAUUAUAUUAAAAAUGUAAAUGUUAAUAAAUAAGAUGAAAUUUUUUAAACUUUUUGUUAAAAAAAAUA